AUGCCUCUUCCUCUCCAAGGCCCGGCGCCGUCUGGUGCCGGCAAGUACGUCAAAAUCACCAUGUUCAUCAAGAAGCUGCCCGACGUCUCCCAAGAGUACUUUUCCGCCUACUGGGCCAACAACCACGUCGCGCCGGCCCUGCGCAGCAAGACGUUCCGCGAAAAGGUCCGUCGCUACAACCAGCAGCACAUCACGGCCGAGAACCGCAAACAGGCGGCCACUUUUGGGCUGCCCGUGCUCGACUACGACGGCGUGGCCGAGUUCUGGGUCGACAGCCUAGACGACUGGAUCAGCGUCGCAACGGACCCGGACCUGGCGGCGGCCGCCGACGGCGACGACAAGAAUUUCAUGGUGCAGCCGGUACACGUCAUGGUCAGCUUCGACCACUUGGUUCUGGGCGGUGACGAGUGGAAGCCGCACGACGAGGUGGAUUCCAGAUUGUAG